AUGAAUGAGCUAAUCGUGAUUACUGCAGAACAUCCUCAAUCCAUGGCAAUGGCCUCCACGUUACCCAUUCCCAAGCCCCCCAGGACCCCGACUCCUCCUCCAGAUAGCAACAGCGAAGAGACAAGCCAGCCUCCAAUGCAACAACAAUACGACCCCGAUGCGCUCUCCCCUAUUCCCAGCUUUGCGCAAACCCAACGAGCGAAAGGCGGAGGAGAUAUGACCAAUAUGUCGGUUCCGGGUACUCCCACGAGCCCGACUCAUGGAUUUCAUAGCCAUGCUGGCUCGGGGACGGUUGAUUCCAAUCCGUUCAACUUUCAGCCUAUGGCGCUAGCAAAGACGCCGAUUAUGAAAUCGAACAUUGGCCAGCGACGCGGUCACAAGUACAAACACAGCAGCAUAUCGCAUCAGAUCUUCUUAGAACCACCACCUAGAGCCCCCUUAGCAUUGCCAGCCUCUUUGCCGAUUCCAACCCUGAAGGAAUGUCGGAGCAGCAUGUCUAAGGAUCAAACCACCAGGUUUUGGUGGAGCGUUUGUCAUAUGUUAAUUGCUGGAUACACGCUAGGGUCGGCUCAUGGCUCUCUGGCAAUGACCGCGCUUUCGCAUCUUAUUCUAUUCGACUCUUUGGGUGCGCUGCUCUGCGUCAUUGUGGAUGUGCUUGGUAAUUUUGAGGUUUGGAAACGGUCCAGUGUGCGUCAUCCCUUCGGAUUGGAGCGAGCAGAGGUGCUGGCUGGCUUUGCUGCAUCUGUCUUGCUCGUAUUUAUGGGCCUUGAUUUGAUAUCCCACAAUUUACAGCAUUGGCUUGAAGCGUCCCCGGGCCACCAGCCUCACCAUUCGCAUGAACAUGAUCGGGCCACAACUGGUUCAGUUGAUGUCACGGCUAUUCUCGCAAUUGGUUCUACCCUAGUGUCUGCAAUUGGGCUCAAAAAUCAUGCGCGCAUUGGCAAAUCCAUGCGGUUCGCAUAUAUUGAGUCGCUCCCUUCCGUUCUUAGCAACCCAUCUCAUUUCCUCACGCUUUCUUGUUCGACCUUGCUUCUCAUUUUGCCAUUGCUCUCUGUUUCGCUUUACAACUAUCUAGACAAGCUGUUGUCCAUGUCAAUGGCUAUUUCCAUGUGCAUUUUAGGCGCACGUAUUGUGAUGACGCUGGGGUCAAUGCUGCUCAUGUCCUUCUCUGGCAACGGUGUCGAUGAUGUGAUCCGGGACAUUCAAGCCGAUCCUGCAGUUACCGCUGUUGACGAUGCCAGGUUCUGGCAAGUUCAUUAUGGAUUAUGCAUGGCCAAUCUCAAGCUGAGAGUUACGGGCACCGAGGAAUCGUUGGUCAAACUUCGGGAAAAGAUCACAAGCUUGAUAAGGAAUCGGCUUGGAGGGGGCUAUGGAUCUGGGGGGCAGAAAUGGGAGGUAACUCUGCAGUUUGAUGUAGACAAAGUGUAA